UCCACAGAACACGCUCGAGACCAGUGAGAGGUACACGUACAGCAAUCAACGCAGUCGACAAAUGGAAAGUAAAGUAUUCAUUACGCUAUUGCUGGUGGGCCUGGUAAUCCAAACGCUAGCUAAGCCGAAAGGAAAGUCGAGUAAAUUACCUGGGUUUCUCAAGGUUUGCUAUCGCGACUCACCGGACUUGAAUACCUGUGCUCGUGAGUCCUUCGAAUCACUGGAGCCGCGUUUAAUGGAUGGCAUACCCGAGCUAUAUAUACCGCCCAUGGAGCCGCUGCGUAUUCCCGAGAUUAAAAUGGAUCAGGAUUCCGGAGCCAUUUAUUUGCAUUCGGUGUACAAGAAUGUUAAGAUAUCGGGCAUAUCCAAGCAUACGCUACAUAAUCUAUCCAUCGUUCCCAGCCAGUUGAAGUUCGCGCUAGCGAUUACAUUUCCCACACUAAAGCUGGAAUCAGAAUAUAGCAUAAAAGGCAAGAUCAUGAUGAUGCCUAUGCUCGGAGAUGGAAACUGUGAAGUCGAGCUGACGAAUAUCACAAUGGCCACCGAGUUGUUUGGCGAGGAGUACACGAAGAAUGGCGCCAUCCAUUUACGAAUCAAAGACAUAGAGGUCAAAUACGAACUCGAAAAUGUUCAUAUGCAGCUGGAUAAUCUUUUUAAUGGCGACAAGGCGCUCGGACAACGUAUGAACGAUUUUCUCAACGAGAACUGGAAAUCCCUGUCGGACGAAGUGCGUCCACUGAUGAUCAAAGCAUUGGUGGAUAUUCUACGCGCAUCCAUAGACAAAUUGUUCGAAGCUUUCAGCUACGAUGAGCUUCUGCCUUCUUUGAAAAUGUGAAGGUUCAAUUUUAAAUUUAAAUAGAGUAUAGAUUUAAUCAUAGGUAGGCAGUAGAAACAUAUAACUACAGGCAGUAACAAAAAUGAAUGCAAAAAA